GGGAGGGAUGGCAGCGGCAAGCCGGGGCGCCAGGGGGAGCAGAACUGCCAGGUCCUGGUCAUGGACUUCUGCGACAUGGGCUCCCUGGCUGACGUGCUCAACACCAGCCUGCUGCGGCACCACGCGGGGCGGGUGGCCAUGCCCGCCAUCCUGCACUGCCUGCUGGAGGUGGCGUCGGCGCUGCACUACCUGCACUCCAUUGGUAUUGUGCACUACGACCUGAAGCCCGAGAACGUGCUGCUCAAGUCGUCAACCAUUGACAGCAGGGGCUUCAACUGCAAGGUUGCCGACUUUGGUCUGUCCAACAUCGUGUCCGACAACUCCUACUUUAACAAGCACGCGGAGGGAACCAUCACGCACCUCGCGCCCGAGGCCAUGCAGCCCAACGGGAAGCUGACAAAGGCGGUGGAUGUGUAUGCGUUCGGCAUCAUGAUGUGGGAGCUGUACACCGGCCUGCGGCCCUACACCGGCUUCCGUACCAUUGACGUGGCGGUCAAGGUGUCCAAGGAGGGGCUGCGACCCGAGUUCCCAUCAAGCACCCACCCCUCCUUCAAGGAGUUGGCUCAGCGCUGCUGGCAGGGCGACCGGCGGCUGCGACCCACCUUCCGCCUGGUGAUGGAGCGGCUGCACGAGAUGCUGAAGGACGCGGAGCUGGUGGGGCGCGAGAGCUGCCUCACCAUGAGCGGCAGCUCGGCGGCCAAGCUGCCGCUGUAUCCGGACUAUCUGCAGGAGGGCGCGGACAGCGAUUUCCCGCUCCACAUCCUGUGAGCCGAGAUCCCUUCGUCCUCUUGAGGCAGUCCAGCUCCUGUGAGCAACCGCCGUACGUGGUAACAUCAACAGCUGCGGCAGCAAACACAACAGCUGCGGCAGCAAACACAACAGCUGCGGCAGCAAACACAACAGCUGCGGCAGCAAACACAACAGCUGCGGCAGCAAACACAACAGCUGCGGCAGCAAACAGAACAGCUGCGGCUGGAAGAGCAGCAGCGGCAGAAACAGCGGCAAGGGCAUGAGAAGCAGUCAGCACCAGAAACAACGCCAGCAGCAGCAUUGGCAGCAGGGGCGCCAGUCGAACGGCCUUGUUGCUGUGCGGCUGUCACGGGGAGAUGGAGAGGCGGCAGCGGAGGCGGAGAAGGGGUAAACGAGCGGGAUUGUGCCGGAGCCAUCUGAUGCCGUGAGCUUGCUUGCCGUGCCGUGCCGUGCCGUGUCUUUCCUUCUCUGCUACGUCGUUCGACGAUGACCUGUGCCCACAUAAUUAGCCGCGAGUUCGGAACAUGGGUCUGUGUGUCCGUGUGUUGUUUCCCUUCCCUCACUUGGCAGCAGCUACUGCGUCAGGAGUUGUGUGUUGAAAGCACUGAGUCGGCUGAGUUGUGUGCGUGUUGAUAAAACUGGUUCUUGCGUGUUUGUGCGUGUGCGUGUUUUGGGGGUAUCAUUGAACAUUGUUAUGUAGCAACACUGUUGACUGGGGGGGGGCUGCCCCCGGCUGGAGGCGUGCGUCCUAAACUGGCAAUCUGGCGACUCCACCGAAUGUGUGUUUAACAAGGGGCAAAAUGGCAGAGUAGGGGGGAUAGCGCUUGUGAUGAUUGGAUGCGGUUUGUGGUGCCGAUGCUGGAAAAACACGACUGGUGAAUUUCCCAUGCUUGUCUCGUGUGCAUUUUUGUGCUGAAAAACGCAACUGUCAACUACUGCUUUCAAGAUAUGAGGCUGUGACUAAUAAUUAACAACUUUGCCGGGUACUGUCAUCACGUGUGAUUGCAGCGAACACGAACGAACGAGAACCCUCAAUUUUAUCUAAAUAAUAAUUUAACGCGGGGGCGCCUGAAUAGGCAUCAUAAGAUGUUAUACUACGUGUUGUUUCAAUGAAAGAGGAACGUGGAAGGGUAAGAUGGGGGAUGG